AUGGGCAGGGAUUUGUUCAAAGGACUUGAUCAAAAGCUUGAAAGCAUCUGUGGAGAGCCUGACAUCAAAGGAGUGAUUUUUUCUCAAAGAUCAGGACUGUCUAUAGCAUCAAAAAAUAUGGAUCCAGCAUUAGCAGGAUAUAGUGCUUCAUUGUUUUCCAAAUCACAGCAGCUCUCAAAGAAUGGAGAAAAGCCUAUUGUUAUUAUUGAAGGGCAAGAUGAUACAGUUUUAAUCAAAGCUAAUGACCAAUAUUUGCUUACAGUGAGGAAGAGAGGAUAA